GUCAUGGACAAUGUCUCCCAGCACCCGAAGCCCUCUUUUGCAGUGCAUUCAUCUCAAGGGCUUUGCUCUCUCGCUGCCCCGACUGUGCACAUGCAGUGCCGACAAUGCUGCAGGUUGCCUGCCUUCAUGCGGUGCAUGGCGAUGACUAUGCACACAGCUGGAGGACCGCUGAGCGUCGAAAGGUACUGAUGAAGACCUUGUUGCCUGAGUCAAACUAUAGGCGACGGCCCAAUGGGGUUGAGUCUUACGAUAGCUCAUGGUUGGCAAAGAAGUGGAUCGACUCGGGUCCUGUCAGAUCCUGUCUAAAUCCUGUCCAGACUCUUGUUUGUGUCGAGUCUCAACGACUGACGCGAAUGGGCACCCUAUUGCACCUUGGCAGACUGCUAGCACAUAUAAAUGCUAGUCUGGCCGAGCCUGCCUGACCAACUGGGCUGUUAUGUGAAGCCGCCCUCCCCGUGCUGAAUCUACAUUUGCCAUUUCUACUCCCUUUCGCAUGCCUCUGCCCCCCUCCCAAAAAAAUUCAACCCCGCUCAACCUCUUGCUGCGUGUACCCUGCUCCGUCUUCACGAUGUACGCACACAUCGCCCUGCUCCCAAUUCUUUUAUCCACCGUGGUCUUAGGAUCGCCGCUCACCAGGCGUGAAUCCUCCCCUUCGACUGGUCAGCCGACACUGAUCGCAGACAUCACCCCCUACCAAGACCCGGCUCGCUGGGCGCAGGCUGCGUACUGCACCCCAAAGGUCGGGGACACGGUCAACACUGCCGAAGUCCUGUGGACCCAUGGCGACGGUACGAAUGUUCCUCUCGCCUACGUGGCUUACUCGGCCACGAAGAACAGGAUCGUGGUGAGCCACCAAGGCACCAACACCUCGUCCUUCGAAAGCAUCGAAAAUGACUUGAAGGCAAAUGCUGUGGCGCCCAAUUCGGACCUGGUAUCUUGCCUGCCGUCAGGCUCGGAAGUCCACCUUGGCUUUCAAGAGACGUGGGACGCGACCGGCGCGGCGAUCCUCUCGCAGGUGAAAUCAGCACAGCAGCUGUACCCGUCUGCGAGCGUGCUCAUCACGGGCCACUCGCUUGGCGCGGCGAUCGCUGCGCUCGACAGCGCCUAUUUUAGCUGCCACGGUGUCGAUGCGACAACGAUCAUCUUUGGACAGCCGCGAACCGGCAACUAUGUCUUCAGCCAGAGCCUCAACUUGCAGCACGUCAACAACGGCAAGGACCCCGUCCCGCACCUCCCACCUCACGGUGACGACUACUGGCACUCGCCCGGUGAAGUGUGGAUCAGCCCUGCUAACUCGAACAGCCUGGUUGCAUGUCCAGGCAGCGAGAAUGUCAAUUGCGCCUGGAGCGUUCCCUUCUACGACUACUCUACCUCAGACCAUCUCGGCACAUACGCCGGAGUCAAGAUCGAUGGGAGAGGCAACUGUUGAUUGAUAUAUCCAUUCUUACGACGAUGAUGAUGAUGACGAUGAAGAUGCCCCCUCCCCUAAAAGGCCGCGAGUCUGAGCUGGCGCUGUCACACAGGAUGCGAUCGAAUGUACCUUUGCAUUCAAUCCUACUAGUAAAACCUGCGCAUAGGUUUCUUGUGCUUCCCAUGAGCACCUUUCGAUUCGCGUGCAUUCAAUGGCCAAGCUAAGGUUUAUGCA